AGUCUCGUCAGGUGCACGGUACCUGCAUCAGACUGCCCUAAUGGCAGUCCUUACGCGUCGAUAGACCGUAUGUGAUGUAUUCUUUGGAACAUAGUGUUAACCUUUCAAGGCGAGCUUGCAAGAACAGGACACGUUACGUGUUGUUGCUAUUGUUAUUGUUGUUGUUGAUUGGAUAUUGCGAUUGUUUUGCCAAGCCGCCGAAUCAUGCUGCCGAUAGCCACAAACAAACUUCUACCAACCUUGGCGCCAACUCUUAUGAAUAUAGCAGUUUGUAUAAAACUAUCUCGACAUCUUCGAAUCAGAGACCACCGGUUGAGAACAAUGCAGACAAUACAGAAAAACCGAUUACUAGUUUCGUCACUGAAAAAACGGCGGAUAAAAAAGAGGUGACGAGAUAUCCAAUUAUAUCGGUCUCUUUCCAUAGAGUAGAAACUCCAUUUAUCAUAGCUUUAUGGAUUUUUUGUGCCAGUCUGUCCAAAAUAGGAUUUCAUAUGGCCCCAAAGUUGAGCGCAAUAUUUCCAGAAUCGUGCCUAUUGAUAUUCGUUGGAGUGGUGAUCGGAGUGAUUUUGGUGCAUAUGACAGAUAGCGUCCACAUGUCACCAUUAACGCCAGACACGUUUUUCUUCUACAUGCUUCCACCGAUCAUACUCGACGCCGGCUAUUUCAUGCCUAAUCGAUUGUUUUUUGAACACUUCGGCACUAUAUUAUUGUUUGCUGUUGUUGGUACUAUUUUUAAUACAUUAACUAUAGGUGCUUCCUUAUGGGCGGUCGGACUAACAGGUCUGUUUUCCUGUGAUACUCCCCUGCUAGACAUGUUCCUGUUUGGCUCUUUGAUCUCUGCAGUCGAUCCGGUGGCUGUGCUAGCAGUAUUCGAAGAAAUUCAAGUUAACGAGAUAUUGUACAUAGUCGUGUUUGGUGAAUCGCUACUCAACGAUGCGGUUACUGUCGUGCUUUACCACUUGUUCGAAUCCUACACCCAGAUGGGAUUGAAAAAUAUUCUCUACGUCGAUAUGUUUUCCGGAUUUUUAAAUUUCUGGGUGGUGGCCAUCGGCGGUACGGUUAUCGGUGUGAUCUGGGGUAUGGCUACCUCUUUAGUGACUAAAUUUACGAAUGAAGUGCGAGUUAUAGAACCUAUUUUUAUAUUUGUUAUGGCCUAUUUAGCGUAUUUGAAUGCCGAAAUAUUUCAUAUGUCAGGAAUUUUGGCAAUAACUUUCUGUGGCAUUACCAUGAAGAAUUAUGUAGAAGCUAAUAUUUCCCAUAAAUCUCAUACGACCAUAAAAUAUACCAUGAAGAUGUUGAGUAGCUCCUCUGAAACGAUCAUCUUUAUGUUCUUGGGAGUCGCUACUGUUAAUAAGAACCACGAUUGGAAUACUUGGUUCGUCAUUCUCACAAUAGUAUUUUGCUCAUUUUAUAGAGUUAUAGGAGUAAUAAUAUUUACAGCAAUAGCAAAUCGUUUCCGCUUAAACCAAUUGAGUACCGUGGACAAGUUUGUUAUGUCUUACGGUGGAUUAAGAGGUGCUGUAGCUUUCGCUCUUGUGCUUCUCAUAAAUCCUAAAACGGUUAAACUCCAACCUAUGUUCAUGACUACUACUAUUGCUGUAGUGUAUUUUACAGUUUUUUUCCAAGGUAUCACAAUAAAACCGUUAGUGAAGAUUCUCAACGUGAAGACGGCCGAAAAAAGGAAACCAACAAUGAAUGAGAGGAUACAUGAGAGGCUGAUGGAUCAUACAAUGGCUGGAAUAGAAGAUAUUUUAGGUCAGCAUGGUAAUUACCAUAUACGAGAUAGAUUCAAACGUUUCGACAACCACUUCAUCAGGCCGUACCUCUUGCGUAAUCACCAAGGUGCGGAACAGAAAAUUCUGGAAACUUAUUCAAAACUAGCUAUGAGAGAUGCGAUGGAGUAUAUGCGUCGAAAUGCUUCAACUAUUGGAAAUAUCUCUGGUACUGAAAGUAUGUCUGCAAUAUUUAAAACUUAUACAGCGGGAAAUAUAAAUAGUAGAUCCGGAACCGAUUCUACAGGUCCUCUGAGAGAAAGUACGAGUUUUAGUCAAUUAGAUUCUAGUACUUGGAAUAUUGAUAUGCAAGAAUUAGAAUAUAAUCCUUCCAAAAAAGAUUUGACGGAUGCCAAAAUCCACCAUUUGUUGGCUGAAGAAUUAGGAAAACCAUACAGGAGGCACCGCAAACUUAGUUAUAGUAGACAUGCAGUCAACGAUCGAGAUCUUUCGACACAAGUCAAUUACAGGAUGCACUUCAACAUGCGAAGAUUGGUUGCCGAUAAGAAACAUCACCAUAAACGACAUAGUAAAAAAUUGAAUAAAGAUGGAAAGCAGAAUCAUGUGAGUUUUCCUGAAUUCCAGCAAAAUGGUACCGCGAAACAAUUCUGCACAGAUUACAUAACCGAAGUUCUAAAUGAAGACGAAAAUGAAUCAUCGUCAAAAGCUAUAAAAGAAGAAUGGGAUAGUCCAAUUACGUUUACAGCAAAAUCGUCACUUACAGAUGAAAGCGUAUAUUCGGAUAAUGGAAAAAGAUCUUCAAAAGGAUCUAUUGAAGGAGACUUUAUGAGAGUUUCAACGCCAACAGCCACAGAAAUGAUGCUUCCUUGGAAACGAGAAGAAGAAGGCUGUGUCCCCAUUCUCCAGAGCGAGUUUCCUGGAUGGGCGUCAAACAAGGAAUACUUAGCCUAUAAUUCACCGUCUGCCACAUUUUUGGGCGGUCUGGAAAAUCCUCGUUCAUCAGUAAUUGGUCUUUUUCGUCGAGAAAGUGUUGGUUCGGAACCAUCUUGCAGUGCCGAAUCUACUCCUCAUAAGGAAAGAAGAAAUUCUUCAGGUCGGAGCACUUCCUUGUUAGUAGAAGAAACUGAGAAAGAUUCUGAUCCGUUAGGGGUUUUACAAAAAACGUUUAUGCCGAUUUCACCGUUACCACAACCACCUGCACAAAGGCGUCAAGCUAGGAGAGGUUCUAUGAUGGAAUUGAAUACAGGGUCUGUUACGAGAGACACAAUUCCAGAAGAAAUUUACGGAACUUCGUCACUUAGAAGACCGUCUUGGAUAAACAGUAGCUCCCAAAGACGUUCAAGUUUCACCAGGCAACCAACUUUAGGCAUAUCGUUAAUGGGUAAUGUUUCAUCACCUUCACCAACACCUUCAGAGACUUCUAACGAAGAUACCGAUAUUGAGUGUUUGAUGAAAGCUGGACUUUAAUAUAAAAAUAUUGAAGAUCUAGAAUCUAGCGACUGAAAGCUUAUUGUGAUUGGGAUUGAACAACAGUAUUAAAGUAAAUUUCGAAUUUCGUUUUCCAAAUCACAUCGGAAUUUGAAACUUGUUAUAAUAAUGUCGAGGGUAAGAGAAGAUUUAAAAUAUUUUGCUAGCGUCCGUUUCAUCGUUUGCUCAUGAAAAUUCAUCUUUAGAAGUUAUUUUAAAUCAAAAGUAGUUUUUAAAUAGAAAAAUCAUUGUUAGUAUUUUCAUCGCGAUAUGUUUAACUUGUAAGUUCGCGUCAUAGCUUAAAAUUAGUCUCAAUUUGUUAUUUCCAUAAAAAAGUUGAUAAUUAAUAAUUGAGCAAAAACCCCUACGAUAAACAAACUUAUGAAUCAAUAGUUUGACUGCAAAAUAUAGUACCUGUCUCCUCUCUUUCGUAACCUAAGUUCAUUCACCUUCGGUUCCAGGAAUAAAUCGAUACUCUUGUAUAUAUACAGUGACUCACAGAUCAAAUAAUUCACUCUAUAAAUAAAUUAGAAAUUGAAUUCCGUUAAAUCAAGAAGUAGCAGUCACUAAUAGAAAUUUCUCUUUUUAUUAACUGCUUCAUCAUGUAAAUUGUGAGUUACUUGAUGUUAGAGUAUACCUAAAUCUAAAAAUUAUCUUUUGUGAAACACCGUAUAUAGGCAAAUUUGCUUUUUAAAAUCUAGUUGAAUACUUAUCGAGAUUAUAACUUUAAAAUCACUAAUUACAUCUGAUUAAAAUAUCACUACUGUUACUGUCUAAUAACGGAAAAGUUGAAUGCAUUUGCUGAGACAACUUCUUGUCCCUGGUUUUUUGCUUAUUAUGAUCAACUAUAAGUUUCUAGGUAUACUACGACAAACACUUAAACUGCAAAGUAUAUUUUUAAACCUCUGAUAACCGAAAUUAAUCUGUAGUUUCAAAAUAAUGAAGCAAUCUAAAUGUGCAAUACUGAAUAAAUUUUAAAAUGCAAAUGUCUCAGUUAUGAACUUUUAUCGGCCUACAUGUUGGAUAAAGUUAAAAAUGAAAUACUUUUAAUUAGCGAAGACCUAAAUUAUUAUAGGAUUUGUUUCGAUAUAUUUUAAUAGGUUUAGUAACAAUUAAUGUCAUGGUUUUAAAAAGAACUUUUUGCCAUUAAUUGCCAUCUCUUAGUAAGCUCUAAAACAGGGGUCGGCAACUUUUUUUGGCCACGGGUCAAAUUCAACCAAAAUGCGAUUAUUAAAGAUAUAUUAUAUUGAGAAAAUAAUUACAAACAUACGAUGAUAUAUUCAAAUAUUCUUAGUCUACUAUAGAACCAAACAAAAUUUCAAUACCAAAUAUUUUAUUACUCAACAUAUUCUCCUCUUAAUAGGAUACAUUUAUUACAGCGAACCUUAAAAAAAAAAUGUUUCUUCUUGCUCUGCAAACCAGACUUCCACAGCUUUUAUUACCUCCUAGUUGGAAUAAGAUUUACGAACUUUUUUACAGUUGGGGAAAGAGAUGAUAGUCGGACGGAGCCAAAUCUGGUGAAUUAGGGGGGUGUUCUAAUAAUUCAAAACCUAAAUCACGAAUUUUUUACAUCGCAACAUGAGAUUUGUGUGCAGGGGCGUUUUCCUGUAAAAAUAAAACACCUUUGGAUAGUUUUCCGCGUCUUUUCUCUUUAAUUUUUUCCCGUAGAGUGGUCUACCCUAAUAAAAAAUCAAUCAUGAUUACUCCUAAUCCCAAAAAACUGAAGCAGGGGCUUUUCUAGCAGAUUUUUGGACACGAAACUUCUUAGGUCUUGGAGAACCAGAAUGUCGUAAUUCCAUCAAUUGUUGCUUUAUUUCUGGAUCUUAGAAAUGAACCCAAGUCUCAUCCAUGGUAACAAUUCGGUUUAAGAAGUAUACGUCGUUUUCAAAUCGAGCACAUAUCGAACGCGAUGCUUCUACCCUUGCACGCUUUUGGUCAAUAUGCAAACAUUUGGGGAUGAUCAAAUUGACUUGAACGCGUUUGUUUGAAAUAUUUAGUGCUUCAGAUAUCCGUAUUAGCCCAAUUCGACGGUCUGAUAAAAUCAUGUCAUGAACUGCAUCGAUAUUUUCGGAGACUGACACAGAAACAGUCCUUCCCGAUCGGUCAUCAUCUUCAAUGGAAAAUUUAUCUAUUUUGAAGUUUGCAGUCCAAUUUUUCACGGUCGCUUACGAAGGACAUUGAUCACCAAGGGUAUUAAGCAUAUCUUCGUGAAUUUACUUACCUCUUAACCCUUUUAAUUACAAGUACUUGAUGAUGAAACUCCAAUUUUCGGUUUUCACAAUUUCGGUGGACAUCUUUUUUCUUUUAAUUUAUUGCGUAACUCUGGUUUACUUUUACUUUUACUUCACACUGACACUUCUAAUAAGUUAUUGUUCGUUGCUAUGGGAACGCUAUAUUUUGUUUAUGCAUGGAACUGGUCUAGGCUAACUAGAUAUCAAUACAUCCUCGUAGUUGAAUGAACUUUAUUUAUUAAUUUUCUCUACGAUAUCAAUGGCUCCCCUGUUGUUGAAUUUGUGACGUCAAUUCAGUCAAGCCUAGUUUAUAGUUAGUCGUUCCGCAAUUCCUUCCGUCCAUAAUGUUGACCUUUUAAAAUCAAUCAUUUUUAAACUAAAAUUGUCAAUUCUUUGAUAUUCAAAAUACUGCAAAUUUAUAAUAUUUUCUUCUGUUUCAUCGGGCUUUAUUAUAAAUGUAAACAUUUUUCCAUGUUUAUUAAGACUUUCAAACCGACUUUCAUAUUCACUUUUAAUGACCGAAAUCCAACUUUCGAACAAAUUUAGAUUGCGUACAUCGAUAUUUUCUUCGAAAGAAAUUCUGUGGUUAUUUCCUUGGAGUCGAACAUUGAAAUCAUUAUAUUGGUUCAUUAUGUCUGUUGAGAACAAGAGUCUUACAAAUCAUUGUUUAUCAUUGAGUUCAAAAUCAUUUUAACCGAUUACGUGAAGAAAUAUUUGUAUAUCAUCAAAAUACUUUACAAAUCUUUUAAGAACUUUGCCCGGACUAAACCAUCGCAUUUCAAAACUCAAUAACAAAUUUCCAUAUUUUGAUUCAAUUUCCUCCAAAAAACAGUUGAAGCGCCUGUGUAUUAAUGCUGAUCGCGCUAUUAUCAUGUUUACGAUCUUAACUUUUUCCAUUAAAUCCUUAAGUUGUUGUGUAGAUGCCUUUGCAAAUAAAUUUUCUUCAUGUAUGAUACAAUGAAACGAUAAAAGUAUACAGCCAAGUUUAUUUUACAUUAGUUUUACAAAUCCAACAGUUUUUCCUCUCAUACUUGGAGCACCGUCAGUUGUUAUGGGAAACAAUUUACUUUUUAAAUCCAGUACUUGACCAUUUUUGAAAUUUGUAAACUCUUGUACUUGACCAAAAAUAUGAGUGCCUUUGGUGGUGUCAUUCAUUGAAGCUCGAACAUAUAAUUCUUCUUUAACAUUCGAGCUAUUUAUUGAUGCAAAUCUAAUAAUUAUUGCCAGCCUACCAAUACUAUUUAUGUCGGUACUUUCGUCAACUGCAAUGCUAAUUAUGUCACAAGAUAACAAAUCAUUUUUGACCUGUUCAUCAAUAUUCUUUGCCAUACCUUCAACGCGACGCUGGACUGGACUGACAAUAGCAUUUCUUUUAUUCUCUCAAAUUCUCCCAAAUUGUUCGGAACAGUUUAUGAAUGCGUUUUUCAAAAACUUGCUGUCUGUAAAUGGUUUUCCGUUGGUACCAAUGGUAAGAGCUGCAACAAAGCUCGCAGACAUAGCGUGAUUGUUGCUGGUAAAAUUUAAUACAAGUUUAGCAAUAUAUUCAGAUUUAUCUUUAUUUGCCAUUUCACUCACAUCUUUACGUUUUGAAGUAAAGUGUCGCUCAAUAUUAUUAGUCCUGACGGUAAUUAUAUCUGUACAUAAAGUACAUAUCAAUUUGUCACCAUUUUCGAUACACCCAUACUUUUAUGUCCCACCCAUCUUGAAAUAAUCUCUUUCUUGCUUUUUGUUUGUUCAUGGUACUUUUUUUAAAUAAUAUUCAUUUCUCUAGGUCACUAUUAUUGUUUUACAAGCUCUAUAACUAUAACUAACAUACAACUGAGAUAACUAAUCGGCCGAUUCCAUAUCCAGUGUGGCGGGGGUGGAGCUUUAACUGAUAUUUUUUUUAUGUUAUACUGGAUUCAAAGUUGGUACGUUCAUACGACAAAAAUUUUUUGAGAAUAAGAAAAAAAAUUUUUGGGUUGCCGACCCCUGGUAUAAAACUAAGCUUCACAAAAUUAACCAAAAACAACCACAAUGGAGGUAAAAUUUGCAUUUUGUUCCUCUUUCGACAAAACCGAUUUUUAAAGCAAUUUUUUACCAAAGAUGAAAAAUGGGUACUUAAUGUUAAUCUGAAGAGCAACAAUGGUUGUACAACCGUGCCGUAAAUCCUGACUUGCAUGCGAAUGUGUGUUAGGCCGAAUUUUAAAAGAAUCGUUCAUUAUGAGCUCGUCGUUUUUGAUCGGAAUAGAUCACGAUAACCCAUUACCACAUACUGAGAGAUCACGAGGGAAAAGCCCGUUUGGAAUAUAACGUUCUUCCACAACCACAAUUCUCUUGUUGUCACCAGCCAGGUAGUUUAAAAUAACGGCAACGAUAUCAUUGAUUAAAUUGUUUUAUGACUAGUGAAUUAGUUUUUUAUUGGUUAUCUAUUUUUCUUGUUCAACAACAAUAUCAUUAAGUUCAUUAUUGGGUAGAUUGAGGAACUUUUAUGUCGAAUAAGGUUUCGUUUCAGUGAUGGACCUGAUUCAGGAACAAUUUUCUUCUGCAGAGCUGUGGUGAUAUGUUUGUAGAGGGAUGGUUUUUUGGGGUAACGUUCGCUCAGUGUGUGUGCUUGCAAUAUAUCAUAGGGAUGAGUUAAAUUGAAAGAAGAGAAGCAAAUGAAAUAGAAUAGCACACGGAAUGAAAGUAGUAUUGUAUGGUAGAGAGUAGGUACAAAAUCGGGCACAGCUGCGGCAGUAUUAUCCCUUUUCGUUGGCCAUUUUGGCAAAAAGCUAACGCAAAGAACCUGUAAAGUGUUGUCUACACUACUCGCGAAGUUGAUCGAAGUUCACUUCUAGAUGCAAAUUUCAUUUCGCUUCGUGCAGCAGCGCCUCUACUCACUCAAUUUUAUAUACGAUAUAAUUUUUAAUAAAAUCAAGAAGAGCUAUUUGACCUGUAGGGUCUUCAUAAAUAUUAUUCUCACAAAAUUUGUUAUUGUAUCGUUUUUAUAUUUGGAUAUAGAGCAAUAAAGACCCCAGAAACAAUAAAACAUUAAAUUUGCUUCGUUUUAGGAAAAAAAUAUUUUUGUUUGUAGAUCAUUGAACACACUUAAAAUAUUUAGAAUUGUUGUUUAGAAACAUUGUUCUGAUUUGAGACCUAUUCAUUCCAUGAAUAAAUUUAUACUUAAAGUAGUGUUAUUUGAGAAUAGCUACAACAGAUAUUAUUUGGAUAAACCUAACUUAACUUAUCUAUUAGUCAUUUUGGUAAAUAACUGAACUAUUCAAUUACAAUUUUUAUUUGGGAUGACUAAGUCAUAUUAGAAGAACACAUUAAAUCAAUUCAACAUGUUUAUGUAAAUUGUAUAAUUAAUAAAUAAUUA